ACAGCAGUGCCUAAACGGGUCUGUCUGCCAGCAACUGUGUCUCUACCUUCACAGCACAUAAUCUAUCAUCAUUCGGGUUUAUGUGCUUCUGAGAUAACACAAUGGCAGCUUGCAUAUUCACGGUGUCACAGGAUGGAACCGCAGAUUUUCAAACGGUGCAGGAAGCAAUCGACGUCGUCCCGUUCGGCAACACUCGCCGGACGGUGAUUCGGGUCUCACCGGGAAUCUACCGGCAGCCGGUGUACGUUCCCAAGACCAAGAAUUUCAUCACCCUCGCUGCUAUGCGGCCUGAGGACAUUGUGCUUACUUGGAACAACACUGCCACCGGAAUCGAUCACCACCAACCUGCGAGGGUGAUAGGGACUGGGACGUUUGGUUGUGGAACUGCCAUUGUGGAAGGGGAGGACUUCAUUGCUGAGAAUAUUACUUUCGAGAAUUCUGCUCCUCAGGGUUCGGGACAAGCAGUGGCAAUUAGAGUAACAGCAGAUCGAUGUGCCUUCUACAAUUGCAGAUUCCUUGGGUGGCAGGACACACUGUACUUACAUUAUGGUAAACAAUAUUUGAAAGAUUGCUACAUUGAAGGUAGUGUGGACUUUAUCUUUGGCAAUAGCACCGCUCUUUUGGAGCAUUGUCAUAUCCACUGCAAGUCUGAAGGCUUCAUAACCGCACAGAGCAGAAAAUCAUCACAGGAAACAACUGGUUAUGUAUUCUUGAGAUGUGUUAUAACAGGUAAUGGAGGAAAUUCAUAUGCAUAUCUUGGACGACCAUGGGGACCUUUUGGAAGGGUGGUCUUUGCAUAUACUUAUAUGGAUCAAUGUAUAAGGCAUGUUGGCUGGGAUAACUGGGGGAAAAUGGAGAAUGAGAGGAGUGCUUGCUUUUAUGAAUACAGGUGUUUUGGACCUGGUUGUUGUCCAUCCAAACGAGUAACAUGGUGUAGAGAAUUGUUGGAUGAAGAAGCAGAGCAGUUCCUCACUCAUCCUUUCAUUGAUCCAGAACCAGAUAAACCUUGGCUAGCUCAAAGGAUGGCCCUGAGGAUUCCAUAUUCUGCUUAGAAAUUACUGAAGACACUUGAUGAGAAUGUUCCAAACAGUAAAUCACACAGUUUAUAAGCUUAAUGGCUUGUCUGUUCGAUUAAGAAAUGUGCCAUGUUCUGAUGAAUGGGAAAUGCUAGAUGAUGCGUUUUUCCUGUAUGAGAUUUCCCAAGAGGUUAAAUUUCCUCCAUUGAAGAAUUUUGAGAUCCACACUUCGUAACGUGUAUUGAUUAAUGUUAUUAGAUUGGGCUGGUAGUUCAUUGUCGCUAGGUCAUUGGUUGAAUUAGUGAAUCAAAUAUAUAUUUAUAUACGUAAUAAAUAAAAUAAAAAGAGCAUCAUAG